AUGGCGCUGGGACAAUCGGAAGAAAAGAUCGUCUCUCGGGUUGAGAAUCGUGCUAUCCGCAAUUAUGACGGUGAAGCUGCGGCUGCUCCAGACGCAGACGCCGCAGAUAUGGCGAAGCUGGGGCCGGUUACUAUGGUCUAUGGCUUUAUCCUUGCCUUCUUCGGCUCGCUGGCAACAUGCGCAUCCCUUGCUGAGAUGGCUUCGAUGUACCCUAUAUCCGGUGGACAAUAUUACUGGGCGUCUCUUCAUGCACCGCCUGGAAAGGUCAAGUUCCUCAGCUUCUUGACUGGCUGGCUUUCUGUUCUUGGAUGGCAAUCCGCGUCUGCAACCGGGACAUACCUCGGCGGCACGAUCAUUCAGGGGGUCGUCAAGCUAAACUACCCUGAAUACACGCCAGAGAAGUGGCAGGCGACACUUAUGCUCUAUGCUGUGCUCAUCCUCUCCCUCUCUGUGAAUGUCUCCCUUGUAAAAUGGCUACCGGGAGUUGAAGGGGUCAUUCUGAUUAUCCAUGUGGUUGGAUUCUUUGCCAUCAUGAUACCCUUGGUCCACCUUGCUCCCAUAAGCUCCGCCAAGUUUGUUUUCACCGAAUUCAUAAACACUUCAGGCUAUGGUAGCAGUGGACUGUCCUGGCUGGUCGGCCAGUCGGCCAGUGCUGUCUUGUUUAUAGGAUACGACGGCGCAUGUCAUAUGGCGGAAGAAGUUCAAAACGCCCGCCUCAACGUACCGAGAGCCAUGUUCUUUACCAUGUUCAUCAACGGUGCUAUGGGCUUUGCAAUGUACCUUGUUAUCCUUUUUUGUAUUGGGGACAUAGAGAAAGUCAUCCACACCGAAACCAAAGUCCCCUUCAUCGAGAUAUUUCGAAAUUCAACACAAUCGAACACGGCUGCGACUGUUCUUACGUCGCUACUAAUCACAACGUACAUCGUUGCAAAUUUUAAUUUCAUGGCAUCUGCUUCAAGACAGGCGUGGGCCUUUGCUCGUGACGGCGGCCUGCCAUUCUCACAUAUCUUCCGAAAGAUUGAUCGAAAACGGUCUAUCCCCCUUUUUUCGAUUGCUCUUACUGGAGUAUUAAACGCCCUUCUUGGUCUGAUUAACAUUGGAUCAAAUGUUGCCUUUUCUGCAGUCGUCUCUCUUGUUGUGUCCGGCUAUAUGUCUUCCUACGUUAUCGUCAUCUGCGUCAUGAUCCAUAAACGACUGACCAAGCAGAGCAUCGAGUUUGGACCUUGGAACCUUGGCCGUUAUGGACUACCGAUCAACAUUAUCGCCGUCAUAUAUACCACCGUCACCGUCAUCUUUGCAUUCUUCCCCCCAACCGUCCCUGUCACCGCCGAGAAUAUGAAUUACUCGCCCGCUGUUUAUGGCGCGGUUGUCAUCUUUGGAAUCGUUUACUAUGUGGUACGAGGUCACAAAACCUAUGUUGGUCCGAAAUUGCCCCGAAAUGCCCUGUAA